CGGGAAAGUUCGAGUCUCGUGAGAAUGGUUAGUGUCAGCCGGGCAUUGGAAGAGGAAGGUAGCACUUCUUGGCAGUUCGUCGAAAGCUGUGACUGAUUGAACACGAGGAUGCGCGUGAGUCUGAUGUGGCAGGGCCUGGUCGCCUUCGGGCUGGUGGCUCUCCUGGCCGGCCGCGGGAGGGGCUUUGUGUCUUCGUUUCCGGAGGCCGGGGAGAGGCUUCUGGCGCUGCAGGAAAGGGUCGUCAAGUUCGCAGAAGGAGACACAAGACGCCGGGAAGGAGGUACUGGCGACUUCUCCAACAUGUGGUCCCAGUGGCACAAGGACGCCUCGCACCUCCUACUGAAGCUGAAAACGCCCGGAGACAAGCUGAUGGCCAUUAGGAGCAAGCUUCUCGAUAAGAUCAUGAGGGAGUCCAAACAACUCACCUCCAACAACCAGUCGAUCGUAUCCAUCGCCUUCCUGGCCUUCGGCGUGAUUCUCUUCGACGUGCUGGGAGACGCCCUCUUCGGCACCAGCUCGAACAUCCUGGCGUCGCUGGGGGGCGGGCUGCAGGGGCGCGAGACGCUCCUCCCCGGCCUCGGGAUUUUCGGCGACAACGUCAAUAACCUGGCGGAAGUCGUGCUCAAUAUGAUCACCAUCUACCUGUACAGGGACGAGAGCCCCGACUGCGGGGAGCGCCUCCUGUGCGAGAGCAACCAGCAGGCCGUGAGCCGCGGUUUCCUCGACACCCUCGUGACGUACAUCAGUGGGUUCGCGGUGUCGUUCCUCCUGCACGAAGCUCCUCUCUCCCGCAACCUACAAGCCAUGAGGGCGGGCAGGAAGGGCCAAAACUGCAUAGAAAUAUACCCGAAGUGCUCCAUCACCCUGUGAGGACUCGGGGAGGCUCUCGACGAAGCUGCCCAGGCUGCCAUGUCGGCGCUGAGCGGCAGAGAGGAGAGCCAGACCGCGCCUUAGACCGCGAUGGAAGCUACCGAAGGCGAGAACGACCGUCGGAACGCAGUCAGAGCUUUCUGUAAGGACUCGUAUAUCUACGGUCUUCAUGUGCCGGGUUUCAUGUAUGCUUCUAAGUUAAAGUACUAUUACAGAGUACAUCAAAUUAUGUUAAAUGAGCAUCAGCACAAAAGCGAUCUCGAGUACAUGCGGAAUUGAUAAAUUGCAACGAUAGAUGAAUAUUCUAUAAGAAGUUCCAGCUUCUUGUCAAGAGAUCAUGUAUUAAAAAAGCGAUUGCGCUGGUGGAAUUUUCACAAGACCCGGUGGCAGAGGGCUAGUCUGUUGUGUUUCUUCGGGGUCGAGUGAAGGUCGAGCUUCCAAUCCUCCUGUGUAAUACGGGCUUGUGUGGGAACGGGCUUCGGAAAGUUUCUAUUUUCGGGGAAUGUAUCGGGGCACAUUGUUUAUAUAAGUAUAUUAUAUAGACCUUGUCGGGGCAGGCUCAGGCUUUACUAACUGCGCAUAUCCUCCUCGCUACAGUUAUGACCUACCUUGAUCCAGUCACAGUUACAGGUCGCACUUUGGCAACUUGUCUUUCAAACGAUAUGGCAAAACGUUUAGAAAAUCCAUUAGCUUUUAGGUCUUUGGUUAUGACGAAACUGAUAUUCAAUGAUCUUCCAGAUUUGGAUUUUCACUCAACGGUCGAAUACUUGUGUAAAGAGUUAUAGAAAACGGACACAGUAUUGACAAAUUGCAGGCGGGACAAAUGUAAAAUGUCUCUGCCAAACGAGUUAAACUAAUCAUUAGUCUUAAAUUAUCCUUAUUUUAAGGACUUGGAACUCCUUCACAGGACUCCUCGGGCAUUAUUAGGUUAAGGAAAGUUUAUUUGUUUUGUGGUGAAUAAAUAUUAUUGUUUAUAUCCGUAUCCACAUUACAAACUGCGGUAUCAACAAUGUUUCGGAUAUACCUUUGCAUCGAUGAUAGGCAUGGAUUAUAUUUUGUUAUUCUGGCAGUCGGUCAGAGGUGAAAUCCUCCUCAAUUGAAAAUAAAUAUCAGUUAAAGAGGUUAAAUACAAUAAAGAUUUUCACAUUGCUUAUUCCUCUAGCAUCCCAUCAAUCAAAAAUCGAAAUAUGUAUAGCACAUGUAAAAAAAACCGGGACGUGAUGUAAGUUGCAACACAACUUUUACCCCUUUUUCUCCCUGCUUUUACUUGGGUUCUUGGUUGAACGAGACAGUAGUGCCGAGGUAACUACAGAUAAAUCGAUAACAGAAUCUAUGAAUCAAACAUUCAACAACUUAUAAAUAACUUGGCAUUCGGCGGCGUUCAAUCAAUAGACCAAAUAACCAACGACAUAAAUAAGAUCAAUUUAGCAUUCGAAAACGUUCACUCAAUGUAUCUGAAAAUCAACGACGUUUUAUUUAACUUGGCAUUCGAAAGCGUUCAACCUUGACUUCGAGUAAACCAGAGAUAAUGAAACAAAAUGAAACAUCGGCGUUCGAAACCGCAUGCGGACGAGCCGACGUGGACGACUCGCUAAAUAAGUUGUGUUGAAACUUGCAUUUGAAACAAGCAACAAGGUGGAUAUUUGAAAGAGAGAAAAAAACGCUAAUUUGAAUUAAUGAAGGAAGAUUGAAUGGGUUGGGUUAGGAGGAUGAAGGGAAAUGUAAUUCUACUUAAAAGAAAGAUUUUUAAUUAUAGAUAAUUACCACUUACUGAUAGAUGUUUUGUACGUUUAUAUUUCUCUCUGAAUAUAGGAGUAUAAUAUGAUAUAUAACUGAUGCAUUUGGAUAUAACUACCAAUAAAAUAAAAGCAAAUUGAA